AUGCAGUGUCGUUCUUUGACAACUAGUACUAACCCUAAUCCAGUCAACGAAUAUAAAAGUGAGUUGUCAGACGUUGGUCACAUCCCAUGUUACUGUGGACGUUGUCAUAACCAAAGUGCCUUUGCAGUGCGUUCCAUAAACGCAGUCACGUUAUUUUUCAUUCCAGUACUCCCGUUCUCCUUCUCGAAACAGUUGGUGUGCAAUAUCUGCGGCAAUUCGGGAGACUUGGAUGACACAGCACUUAACCAAUUGAGAAGUGGCCAGCCAGUGGCGAUAGCAGGGUGA